AAAAGAGAUUGGCAAAGGCGCAAGGGGGUGAUCGUCAUUUCGCGAGCGUAGUAGAAAGAAAGAAGCAGCUAAAGGGAAGGACAGGACAACAGAGAAAGAAAAAAGAAAAUCAAAAUUGAGAAUUCCUGUGGGAUUAUUAUUUAUGUAAUUCUCAUUCCUUCCUUCCUCCUCCCUCUGCAUAUAUAAAUACCCCGUUCAUCAUCUGAAACCUUAGGGACAAGUUUUAGUUUGGGUGGGAUUUUCGGCGUCUAUUAUCUCUGGUAACUGAAGCCAAGAACCGUCCAAGAACAAGUCGUCGGCGCGGUUGAAGUCACGAUCGCGCCUCCGGCCUACUGCGGAUCGUUCCCCUGCUGUUUGGGGAUUUCUUUCUUUUGCGAUUCUUCUGAGGUUUUUCCUGAGUUAAGUUAUACUCUUGUAUUGUUUUUCAAAGCUGAAAAUAUAUAUGGGCUGAGGUGCACAUUUCAUGGGAGGUGUGGAGGAUGAAGAACCAGCCUUAAAACGAAUGAAAUUAUCCUCUAAGGGAUCAGUAGCCCUCUCAAACGGUUCAUCUUCUGUUGAGCCCAUUGGUGGCUCUAGUGAUUUGAUGGCUCGGCCCCUACAAUCAGAAGGGGACGAAGAUGUAGUUGGUUCAAAAGGAGUUAUUAAAAGAGAGGAAUUUGUCCGGAUCAUUGCAAAGGCUUUAUACUCCCUUGGCUAUAAAAAGAGUGGAGCACAUUUAGAGGAGGAGUCUGGAAUACCUUUACAUUCAUCUGUGGUAAAUCUGUUUAUCCAGCAAAUAGUUGAUGGUCAUUGGGAUGAAAGUGUCGUGACAUUGCAUAAUAUUGGUCUAGCAGAUGAAAACACUGUCAGGUCAGCCUCCUUUCUAAUUCUGGAACAGAAAUUUUUUGAGCUUUUGGAUGGGAAAAGAUCAUGGAUGCAUUGAAGACCUUGAGGACUGAGAUUGCACCACUUCGUAUCAAUAGUAGUAGACUUCGUGAUCUUUCUUCUUGCAUUGUGUCUCCAUCUCCUUGUGGCAAAAAUGGUUCCACUAAGCAAGGUAUUGUGAAGGCGAGGUCUCGUUCAAAAUUGCUGGAGGAAUUGCAGAAACUGCUCCCUCCAACAGUAUUGAUUCCUGAGAGGAGGUUGGAACAUCUAGUUGAACAAGCCCUUAUCUUGCAAAGAGAGGCUUGCUUGUUUCACAACUCAUUGGAUAAGGAGAUGUCAUUAUACUCUGAUCAUCAGUGUGGGAAAGAUCAGAUACCGUCUAGAACAUUACAG